UUUUUUUUUUUUUUUUUUUUUUUUUUUUUUGGUAACUUUUUUUUUCUUUGACAGUUCUGUGAGAAAGUAAAAAGAACAAGCAUGGCACAGGAAUUGGAAUGGCCGACCACCAAGGUCCGAUCGACCUUUAUCAAGUAUUUUGAAGAAAAUGAUCACGUUUACUGGCCUUCUUCAUCGACCAUUCCUCACGACGAUCCCACUUUGUUGUUCGCCAAUGCGGGUAUGAAUCAGUACAAGUCGGUCUUUUUGGGUACCGUCGAUCGCAACUCUCCUUUGGCCAGCAUUCGUCGUGCUGCCAACUCGCAAAAGUGUAUUCGUGCAGGUGGUAAGCACAAUGAUUUGGACGAUGUCGGUAAAGAUACGUACCAUCACACGUUCUUUGAAAUGUUGGGUAACUGGUCGUUUGGCGACUAUUUCAAGGCUGAAGCUGCCAAGUAUGCCUGGGAAUUUUUGACCAAAGUGAUUCACUUGCCUGAGGAUCGUCUUUACGUGACUUAUUUCGGUGGUGAUGAGAAGCAGGGUUUGGCUGCUGAUGAUGAAGCCAAGCAAAUUUGGUUGGAUAUUGGUGUGGCCGAAGAUCAUUUGCUUCCCGGUAAUGCAAAGGAUAACUUUUGGGAAAUGGGUGAAACUGGUCCUUGCGGUCCCUGUUCGGAAAUUCAUUACGAUCGUAUUGGUGGACGUAAUGCUGCUCACCUUGUGAACAUGGAUGAUCCCAACGUGCUUGAAAUCUGGAAUCUUGUGUUUAUUCAAUUCAACCGUGAAAGCGACGGCAAACUUCGUCCUCUUCCCAACAAGCACAUUGAUACGGGUCUUGGUCUCGAACGUCUUGUCUCUAUUCUCCAGAACAAGUAUUCCAACUAUGAUACCGAUUGUUUCGCUCCAAUCUUUGCCAGGAUCAAGGAAUUGACCGGUGCCAGAGAUUACGCCGGCAAAUUGGGAGCGGAAGAUGUCGAUGGUGUUGACACCGCUUACCGUGUGGUGGCCGAUCACAUCCGUACCUUGACUUUCGCCAUUUCCGAUGGCGGUGUUCCCAGCAAUGAAGGUCGUGGUUACGUCUUGCGCCGUAUCUUACGUCGUGGUGCCCGCUACGUUCGCAAGUACUUUAAUGUGCCUGCUGGUAAUUUCUUUUCUUCGCUCGUCGAUACCUUGGUCAAUCAAAUGGGUGAAGCUUUCCCUGAGCUUCACAAAAAGGUGGAUGAUGUCAAGGCCAUUUUGGACGAAGAAGAAGUGGCUUUCUCCAAGACUUUGGAUCGUGGUGAAAAGUUGUUUGAAAACUACAUGAACAAGGCCAAGGAAGCCGGUUCCAAGACCCUUUCCGGUGCCGAUGUGUGGCGCUUGUAUGAUACCUAUGGUUUCCCUGUGGAUUUGACCCGUAUCAUGGCGGAAGAAAACGGCAUGGAAGUGGAUGAAAACGAAUUCCAAGCGUGUCAGGAAGCUGCCAAGAACGCCUCUCGCAAGGUCAAGGGCGGUCAGGGUGAUCAAGGCGUGGUUGCUUUGGAUGUCCACGACAUUGCCGCUUUGGAUGCCAAUGACGAAGUUCCCAAGACCGACGAUGCAUACAAAUACUUGGCUGGCAACGUUCAAGGUCGCGUCAAGAGCAUUUUCUUUGAACACAAGUUCUUCAAGGAUACAUCUGCUAUUCCUGCCGAUCGCGAAUUUGGUGUGUUGACCAACAAGUCCAACUUCUACGCCGAAUCCGGUGGUCAGGAAUACGAUACCGGCAGCAUCAUCACUUUGGAUGGCAACAGUGAAUUCGUGGUGGAGAAUUGUCAGAGCUUCGGUGGUUACGUGUUGCACAUUGGUCACUUGAAGUACGGUCAGUUGGCCGUGGAGGAUCAAGUCGAGCUUUGCUUCGAUGAUUUGCGUCGCUCUCCUUUGAAGAAUAACCAUACCGGUACCCAUAUUCUUAACUUUGCUCUUCGCAAGGUGUUGGGCGAUGUCAUUGAUCAAAAGGGUUCUUUGGUGGCUCCGGAGAAAUUGCGUUUCGAUUUCAGCUACAAAACGGCUGUAUCCACCAAGCAAUUGGCUGAAGUGGAAAAGAUUUGCAAUGAGUUCAUUGCCGAGAACAAAAAGGUGUAUUCCAAGGAAGUGCCUUUGCCUGUUGCUAAGGCCAUCCACGGUUUAAGAGCUGUGUUUGGUGAAACUUACCCCGAUCCUGUGCGUGUGAUUUCCAUUGGUUACGAUGUGGACGAGAUUACCCAAGAUGUGUCCAACCCCAAGUGGGCUACUACCAGUGUGGAAUUCUGUGGUGGUACUCACGUGGCCAAGACGGGCGAUAUCAAGCAUUUUGCCAUUCUUGAAGAAUCCGGUAUUGCCAAGGGUAUCCGUCGUAUUGUGGCCGUGACCGGUGAAGAAGCCGCUGCCACGCAACGUCAGGCUCAGGCUUUCGUCAGCAAGUUGGACAAUCUGGAACAUCUCAAGGGCGCCGAAUUGGAGUCCCAGUUGAAGGUGGUUUCCAAAGAAUUGGAUGCUUUGGUGGUUUCUGCCGUGACCAAGGCCGAAUUCCGCGAUCGUUUCAAUAAGAUCAAGAAGGCAUUUGACGAAUCUGAGAAGGCUCGCAAGGCCGAACAAGUAAAGGAAGCGACGGAAAACGUCAAGUCUUACUUUGCGGAACAUCCCGAAGCCAACUACUACAUUGUGGAACUUCAUGUGGGUAACAACAGCAAGGCAUUGGCCGGUGCGAUCAACUAUGCCAAGAGCCAUCUCAAGGAUAAGGCGUUGUAUUUGUUCAGUGCCGAUACUGACAGCGGUCGUGUGGCUCACAACUGCGUUGUUGGCAAGAACUUUAUCGAGAAGGGUUUGAAGGCUUCCGAAUGGGCCGGUGUAGUGUCCGAAAAGGUCGGUGGCAAGAAGGGUGGCAAAGAUGAUGCUGCUCAAGGUUCUGGUGAUAAGAUCAGCGAAUUGCCCGAGGCAAUGAAGGUGGCUGAAGAGUUUGCCAAGAUGAAGAUUGGCGCUUAAUCAUUUUUGUUUUCUUUGUUGUUAUUAUGCUGAUAUACUGUUUUUUUUUCCAUGUUUCUUAUUCUUAUCACUAUUACUUUCUUUUCAAUGUUGAAAAUAUGUUUGUUUUUGUUCCUGGAAUAAAAAUAUGACUCUUACGCUUUGAGAAAACAAAAAAAGCUGAAUGAGGAAACUCAAUGUUCAAGGGCUCUCAGGUUCCCAUCUAGAAA